AUGUUUGUCUGUAGUGUGUAUAAAAGAAAUUUCAGAUGUUUAACAAGUCUCAAAAAUCACAGAAAAGUUCACAAAACCUAUUAUUAUAUUGAAUAUUAUACUGCCACUAGUUCAAAUAAGAGCAUGAAUAAUUGUAGUUCUGAUAAAACAAAGAUUACAUAUGACAAAGCUCCUGAAUUUGAGUCAAUAGUAAUCAAUAAUCAGCAAAUAGCUUACAAUUAUGAUCAGAUAUUUGAGGAAAAUAAUAAGUUUGGUCAUAUUAUUGAAGAAAAUAGCAAGUCUAAUCAAAUGUUUGAGAAUAACAUAUUAGAAAAUGAUAAGAUUAGUGAAGAAAUUUGUAGUAAUGACAGUGAACUUAGUGAUAUUGAUAAUGCAGAAUUUCCAAAUACAGCGUAUAGAGAUUUUAUAGAUAUA